UCCUUACGGCCACCGUAGGCUACGUCAAACUUGUAAACGUUGUAAGAAUCCAGGUCCAACUGCAGCAACAACAUGGCCUUUACUUUAUACUCUCUCAUCCAAACAGCAAUCUUGUGUGUGAAUGCGGUCGCCGUGUUACACGAAGAGAGGUUUCUUAGUAAAAUUGGCUGGGGGGUGGACCAAAGCGUCGGAGGGUUUGGUGAUGAACCAGGUGUCAAGGUGCAGGUGAUGACCCUCAUUCGAUCCGUAAGAACAGUGAUGCGAGUGCCGUUGAUAGCAGUGAAUUCGGUUUGCAUUGUGCUACUGCUGCUGUUCGGGUAAGGAUGACCUCUUUGUGGCAUCAGGAACCCGUCUCCACAUUACGAACAGACCCACUCGUCGUUGCCAGAACCCGCGAUCAGCAGCAUGUCCCGACAGCAAGCCACGACAUGGAGCACCGCCCGAAUCAUGCCUUGGUUUUAAUGCAGCGCAACGCUUAUAAAUGCCAUUUUGUGUUCAAUAUCGCUUCUGUUGUAAUGUCAAUGCGGCCACGGACUACUGACAAAUAAUGCAGCAUCACUUCAAUUAGUUAUACUUUUUGUAGCUGUUUGUUUGAUCAAUGCAAUGUUUUUACAAUUAAACUUUUUGAAAUUCA